AUGGCGCAGGUGCGAGAUCCUCCCUUCAAUCUGUCCUCUCCCCAUUCAUCAAGUGGCGGUGGCGACUCGUAUAAGCAUGAAGCCACACCGGAGACCAGACUCACUGUCUUCUCUCCGGAUGAGAACUCGGCCAGAUCCAAUAAGUCACUGAACACGCUCACCUUGAGCGCUCCCUCUGACCGCGCUGUCCGCUUUCAUGUCAAGCCCGAGGGCUUCAGCGAUGCUGGUGAUUCUGAGAAGGAUCCUUUCGUUUCCAACAGCACCACCCUUAAGGGAGAUCAGAAACUGUCGCCAACCGCCUCUGCCUUCCGGCCUGUCUCUGUUCCCAUUGUCGCCCAUGGCUCUCUGUAUGGGCCGUCUGGACCGAAUGGUGGUCUGAAUACCAACCGCCAGCUUUUCGCGGCUCAGGCCACCGCCAAAUUCAGUCAUCAGUUGGGGAUUUCUCGUUGCCUUGUCAUUUACUCUCGUUCUGGCGCGCUUACUCUCGCGGAUAUUGAGGGCUAUCUUGCGAAGUUGGAGCGACUCGGAUCACAGUGCCAGGGCAAGAGCUACGCGGUCGCAGCCGACGGCAAAGUCUAUCUUCGCCUCUCAAAUGUCCGGGACGCUCGCAAUGCCCAUGACAACGUUGAGCUUGGCUCCCCUGACUGGUGCGCUGAGUACGUUGUCCCGAACGAGUACAACGAGGUGUGCGGCCAGCUUAGCCACGCUGAGCCAGUCUUCGACUGCCUGCUGCAGGUUACCGCUUACGGUCAAGGUGCCAACGCUGGCACCGCCCAUGUUGAGACGGUAGUGCAGACCUUGCUCGAAACCCAAGGCGAGGUCUUCGCGCUUCUGCGCCAGAGCGAGUCGAACGACUCCGCUUUCCGCGCUGUGGUUGAAUUCUCUGACACCGAAGUUGCGGUUUGGGUUGCUCAUAGGUUCAACGGAGCCACAGUGGGCCUGGAUCUAGAGUCUGGAACGCUUCAGACUGUCGAUCUCAGCCUCCUCGCGAGCAACCCUCCUAGAACCCCGGUUCGCAAUGUCGGAAACGUCAACGUCUUCCAGGGAAGUGGUGUCUGGGAAGUCGCCCACCCGGCCAACGCAAUUGUCGCCGCUGGCCGUGCUGUUCAAUCCUCUGCCGGCUUCCACACGCCGCAGCAGUUCGCCAUGUAUCCGGUUGUCUACCCCGGCAUCACCACUUCGACACCGAAUCGACUCAUGGUUAACCAGACUCCCACCCGUGUCCCGAACGUUCCUCAGAUGGGCCCGAUCUCGCCCUUGUCUGGCGGCAUGCCAGUCAUGAGCCCCUUGUAUACCACGCCCCCGGGGACGCCGAUGGGCAUGACCGGUGACUUCAGCAGCCCGCGGAGCAUUCAGCAUUACGGACGUCUGGACAAUCGUCGCCAGAAUGCCACCAGAGUCAACAGGUCCCCGUACUACGGCAACGCCGGUCACCACAAUCAUGUCGACGUUAAUCGUAUCCGGGAGGGUAUCGAUGUCCGUACCACAAUUAUGCUGCGCAAUAUCCCCAACAAAGUUGAUCAAGCUAUGCUGAAGCGGAUCAUUGAUGAAUCGAGCUGGGGAAAGUACGACUUCAUGUAUCUGCGCAUUGAUUUCGCCAAUGAUUGCAACGUUGGUUAUGCGUUCAUCAACUUCGUGGAUCCGUUGGAUAUCAUCGAUUUCGUCAAUGCGCGCGGCAACCAGCGUUGGAACUGCUUCAAGAGCGACAAGGUGGCGGAGAUCUCCUAUGCCACGAUCCAAGGAAAGGACUGCCUGGUCCAGAAGUUCCGUAACAGUUCCGUCAUGCUGGAGGCUCCUCACUACCGCCCCAAGCUUUAUUACACGACCAAUGGACCUAGGCCUGAGCUGGCGGGCCAGGAGGAGCCGUUCCCCGAGCCUGACAAUCAGUCCAAGAUGAAGCGCAGCUGCGAGAAUGCUGAGCAUGUUGGGCUCUUCACGCCCAACGCCGGCCAACAUUUCCGUGACGAGCAGCGCCGUCGCCGUUCCCAGUACGAUCGUGGAACCAGACUCGCCGCCCUCGAGGAGUACGACUACGCUGCUCACAUCCAGCAGCACGGCUUUUUCGUUCCCCAGUGA